AUGAGUGUUCUAUCGAAUGAAUUGCCCAAGACUAGUACUAGUGCUAAUACUAGUGUCAGUACUCCUACUACUACAAUGUAUCCAACUCGCGUAAUUUUAACGACCUAUCCUACUCAACAAGGUAUCCAGCCUAUUCCUUUAAACUGGGGUGCGCCUGAUGCCAAGAUGAGAGGGCCUAUUAUCGCUUCACGCCAUCCAGAAAGUAUAAAGAAAAGAAAUGCCAUAGGCGCCUAUGGUGGGUCAUAUUGUAUCUAUCGUGCCUUGGCUGUAGCUAUUGGUGAUUUGCCUUUAAAUCAUCGACCAAACUACAACAUGACUGAGCCUACGUACAAAGUGGGUCCACACCCUUCUUGGUUUGACCCCGAAAAAAUUGUUUCCCUCGACCCCUUUGGGCAUAUUGCCCCUCAAAUAUUUAAAGAAGAAUAUGAUAAUGGUUUGGAUGUCAGACCUACCAUCGCCAUUACGCGUGCUCAUAUGACGCUCGCGGAGAUGGAAAUGAGUGUCAAGAAGGGCACAUUGACGGUUGAUGGCAAGAUUGUAUUAAACCAGAGAGGUGAUUUAGCAGUAUCCAAAGCAGCCAUUGAACCUGUAUGGUACUUGCCUGGAGUAGCCAAGCGAUUUGGUAUUGAAGAGUCUUUGUUGAGAAGAGCCCUCUUUGAAGAUACAGGAGGAAUGUAUCCUGAGCUGAUCACCAGACCUGACCUGAAGGUUUAUUUACCCCCUAUCGGUGGUAUUAGUGUAUAUAUAUUUGGUAAUCCAGAGUAUAUAUCAGAUCCCUCCAAGAAGCUUACCCUUCGUGUACAUGAUGAAUGUAAUGGAUCCGAUGUAUUUGGAAGUGAUAUUUGUACCUGUAGACCUUAUCUGAUAUAUGGUAUUGAAGAAUGUGUCAAGCAAGCACAACAAGGUGGCGUGGGUGUCAUUGUUUACUGCAAAAAGGAAGGAAGAGCCUUGGGUGAAGUGACCAAGUAUUUGGUCUACAACGCUCGUAAACGACAAGCAGGUGGAGAUACAGCCUCCAACUACUUUUUACGUACUGAAUGUAUUGCUGGAGUCAAAGAUAUGCGAUUCCAAGCACUGAUGCCAGAUGUAUUACAUUGGCUAGGAAUUCAAAAGAUAGAUCGCAUGAUGUCCAUGUCAAACAUGAAACAUGACGCCAUUGUUGGUUCCGGUAUUCCAAUUCUUGAAAGAGUGCCUAUUCCUGAAGAAUUGAUUCCCGAUGACUCAAGAGUUGAGAUUGAUGCAAAGAUUGCUUCUGGCUAUUUUACUACUGGAAGACAGCUAACGGAGAAUGACCUUGAAAAGGUCAAAGGACGUGACUGGGAAGAUAUUGAGCAUUAG